ACCAAGACUCUUCGUCGCCGCUUGGCCGUCAUACGUGUUAAGUUUUUUCCAUCAGUAAUUAUCACUAAUAGCAGCAGCCGAACAGAACAUUGUUUACGUGGUGUCUGUAGUGAGAAAACAAAAUCAUAUUCCAAAAAAAUGAAGUCCGCCGUUUUAAUAUUGGGUAUUGUGAUCGCCAGCGUCAACGCCUUUGGGGGCAGCGAGGACCGAUUCAUCAAAAAAUAUGCCAUGAUGAAGAUUUAUGAGAGCUGCUUUGGCCCCGAAGUGGUGAAACAGAUUCGCAAGGAGAUGAAGAUGGCUUGCGCCAAGUGCGCAGCAUUCGAAGCGCCCGUGGCGCCGACCGCCCAACCAGCGCCACCUGCGCCAACUCAACAGCAGCACCAGCAACAACCCGAGGAAAAUAACCUUCCAGACGGGUCGUUAUUCAACGGUGGACCGCCAACUUUCGAUGUGGAAAAAUUACAUCAAGCCAUUUUGGCCUACAGACCAGGUGCAACUCUUCCUCAAAAUCCCCAAUUGAGACCCUAUAACGGAGGGGUUCCCGGUUUUUAUAACAAUCCUUUCCAAGGGUACCAACCUAACCCGAUGUUCUAUCCAGGUGCUUACCAACAAAUGCCAUUCAACCCAUACGGUUUCCCCAUGGUUGGCCAACAGUAUUUCGGCAACAGAAUGUCGAGGGACAUGGACAUUAAAGGCCAACUGGAAGCCCUCACGUCGCGUAUGAGCGGCAGAGUGCGUAACGUGACAUGCGUGAUGCAAGAAUUGGGAUACUUGGACGACAAUCUGGAACCAAACUUCGAAAAAAUUAGCGAGAGAAUAGGCAACUUGCCGGUCAGCGAGGAACUGAAGCGCGACAUGCAAGAUGGCGUCACCUUCUGUCAGCAGUUUUCGCAAUGCGUGCCAGAGGUGAAAAAAGAGAAAUCCCCGCUCUCCCGCGAGCUGAUCCGCCCCAUGUUCUUCUUCAAAUGCUACAAGCACAAGAAAUUGGAGGCCUGCAUCAUGAAGGACGUCAGGGAAAAAUACAACGGCGUUUCCGACGACGACUUUGAUGGAGAUGUGGAGUUGAGGAGGCAGGGGAAAUCGGCGAGGAUGCCAGGCAAGGAGGACGCGAUCGACGAUUUGGCGCAGUCGAUGUACGAAUUUUUGUACGCCAGCGACAGCAACUUCGACAUCGAGUCGAUUUUGUAAUUUUUUAGGUUUACCGGUAUGUUACAGUAACAUAUUUUUUGUAAUUUAUUUAUUCGUUUCGUAGUUUUAUUUAUUUGUAGACCAGUUCUGCUUGGAUUUUAGCAAUGGAGUAAUUUUACCCAAAUAAUUGUAUUUUAUUGUUAAAAUUUGACCAAUAAAGAGAUUUGCAG